CGCACUAAAGGAAGCACAGAACAAUCUUUUUCUGUGCAAUCUUUUUUAGAAGUUGUUUUUCUUUUGUGUGCAGUACUGUUCGUCAUCAUCUUUCUUCCGUCAGUGCUCUUUGGUUUUAUUGUGUUGCUUUCAUUCUCACUCAGGAUCAGGCAGCUCCAGGAAAGAGGGUGCUUAACUCUCUCUUUUUUUGGAUGGAAAAUCACAAUAACGAUUUCUGAAGAUGGAUAAAGGAUACCCACCACAGGAAUCAGCUCCACCUUACCCUGGGCCACCUAUGAACUAUGGGGGUGCAGCAUCUCAGCCAGGGAUGUACCCUCCUCAGCCGGGGAUGUACCCUCAGCCAGGGAUGUACCCUCAGCCAGGGAUGAACCCUCAGCCGGGGAUGAACCCUCAGCCAGGGAUGAACCCUCAGCCAGGGAUGUACCCUCAGCAAGUGACUCACGUGGUGGUAACACCUGCACUACAUGACGUCCCAGGACAAACUGUGUGUCCCCAUUGCCAGCAGUCAGUGAUCACCAAGACAGAGCACACACCAGGCCUGAUGACUUGGGCAAUCUGUGGUGGUCUUGCCAUCUUCGGGUGUUUUCUUUGCUGCUGCAUCCCAUUCUGCGUUGAUUCCUGUCAAGAUGUGGAGCAUCGCUGUCCAUCCUGCCGCAAAGUCAUCUACAUAUACAAGAGACUAUGAAACUAUCAUGUCUGUGCUUGGUGGAGAAGAACUUAAUGCUUAUCUGUAACCUAUUAAUAGCCUUAUUUGCUCAAUACAUUGUUUUGAUAAGGAUCAAAUUAUACAAACUGCACUUAUUCCAAUAUAUAAAUAUAUAUAUAUAUGUAAACAAACACGCCAAUAAAAAAGCAACCUUUUUUCAGUUGCCUCACAUUU